GAAUCAGAUGCAUGCAUGUUACUUACUCAUUUGCUUUUAACAACAUUAAUUGAUGUAUAUAUAUAUAUAUAUCAUAUAUGUAUUGGACAUCUCAUCCCCAUCUCAUUGGUUUUAGCGUUUUCAACAACUCGACAUCUCACAAACUGUCAACCUACCUACUCCCCACUCUAAUUUACUACUGUUCUUCAUAUGAUCAUAUAUAUGAUGAUCUAUACACAUAUAUGUAUAUAUACUGCGCUUUAAUUUAGUCUUCUUGCUACCUCAAAACUAGCCGUCAAGUGCAUGCAUAUAAAUUUAUAUAUAUAUAGUCUCAUCUCAUGAGAAGGAAGAAUUCUAUGUAAUGUAGUAUUAUGUAUAUCGAGGAGGAAACGACAUAAUUAAACCAAACAGCACAUGAUCUGGCAUUUGAGGUGGAAUCGAAGUUUCCAAUUAGAGCAGCCAAAUUCAAGGAGCCCUUCACCCCACCCCCAAAGAGGACCCUCUACUAGCUAGGUGCCACGUGGGGGCUAGCCUUUUGCCCGCUCUUAGAUCUCUACCAUAGUACUAGUAUUGCUCCCAUCCACUGCCACUUCCUCUCCCCAUUCGCCACUGCUCCUCCUGCACCCGCCACAUUUCAGUUACUUGAAUCAAGAAAAUGAAGAUCUUUAACUGGGUUCAUCGCAAGUUUAUUCAUAAAGAUGGAUUCGCAGAAAAUGCAAAAAAAAGUGCUAGUGUUGUUGCUGAGAAUUAUAAGCAGUUUGAGCUUGAAAAGGCAUUAACUAGUUGUAAUGUGUUUGAUGGUUGGAAAGGAGGGGGGAUUUUGAGCAUAGGGACCUUUGGGUACGACCCAUUACUAAAGCAUAUUGAGAACAUGAAUCAUGUCACCUCAGAAAAGGAACAAGUAAUUCAUGAGAUGAAUAAUUAUGAUGAACGCUAUCAUGACGUCUACCACAUUACUAGUGAUUAUUCUGAUGAUGAAGAGGAAGAGGAAGACGAAGAGGAAGAGGAAGUGAACCCAUUGGUGUAUGCAGCUUACAAUAAUAAUAAUUAUAAUUAUAUAGAUGAUGAUGAUGAGUACGAGGGUUUAAUGGAAACAAUCAAUCCUGCAACUACUGUUUCUCCAAAGGAUGAAAUGAAGAAGGAGAGAAUCACACUUGCGGAGUUGUUCUACGCUGAUUCAGAGGAGGAUAUUCAGAUGCAGAAAAAGCAGGUGGUGGUGGCCACGUCUCACAAACCUGCACCUCAAAUCAGCAUCAAAGACAAGUCCUCCUACACCUACAAGCAUGGAUUUUCAUUUGCCAAGAAACUUAUUGGAGAUCAGGAUGCUCGCCCCAUUCACAAACUGCAUCGAUUGAUAGGGAGAAUGUUGAAAAGAAAGAUCCACCCAGAUGCAGAUGCAAAUGCGGAUGUUCAUGUUGAUGUUGGCCACAUGACCUGCAGUACUACUCCCCUCAUGUUCACCUCAACUCCUCGUGACUGCGAAUUUGCCUCACUUCUUUCAACUCAUCAAGAUACAAUCAUAUGAUGCUGGAUGAUCAGGAGUCCUACGUAGAAUCAACUUUAUAUUCUCUCUCUCUCUCUCUCUCUCUCUCUCUCUUUCUGUGCAUGUGAUGAAAUAAUUGUUUCUUUUUUUUUUUUCCUUUUAAAUUAAGGGAUUGUGCUGUUGUCAAAUUAUUUAAUUUGUGUAUCAAUAAUGUCGAAUAUUAAUGUUGUGUACUAUUUGCUGUAGAGAUCAAGCUUAUAAUUGUUUUUGUGC